AGAAAAGGCGAGGGGGCUGCGGCUGAGGCUGCGGCUGGGGCUGCGGCUGAGCCUGCGUCAGCGUUGCCUAGAGAGAGAGCGAGAGGGAGAGAGAGAGACAGACAGACAGAGCCCCGGAGCCGGUGCAGCCACCCGGCGGUACCAGCUCCUCGGCGGGCUCUUUUUCCUCGCUGCCAUGCUCCAACUGCCCCUGCUGCCCCUUCUGCACUGCCUGGGCUGCAGCGCCUGGCUGCUGCUGCUGGCAGGGCCCAUAGCCUCUUCGGCCAGCCCAGCCGACGAUAGCGGCCGGAGAGGGGACACCUCAAGCUCGGGGGGCGACGAGGUGCAGCGCCAGCCGCACGACUCGUCCUACGGCACCUUCGCCAGCGAGUUCUAUGACCUUCGCUACCUGUCCGAAGAGGGUUAUCCUUUCCCUACUGCUCCUCCUGUGGACCCAUUUGCCAAAAUCAAAGUGGAUGACUGUGGAAAGACUAAGGGGUGCUUUAGGUAUGGGAAACCAGGAUGUACUGCAGAAACUUGUGAUUAUUUCCUUAGUUACCGCAUGAUAGGAGCUGAUGUAGAAUUUGAGUUAAGUGCUGACACUGAUGGCUGGGUGGCAGUUGGAUUUUCCUCAGACAAGAAAAUGGGUGGUGAUGAUGUCAUGGCCUGUGUUCAUGAUGAUAAUGGCCGAGUCCGUAUACAACAUUUUUACAAUGUUGGCCAGUGGGCCAAAGAGAUCCAGAGAAACCCUGCCAGAGAUGAAGAAGGAAUCUUUGAAAAUAAUCGUGUGACCUGCCGAUUUAAGCGCCCCGUGAAUGUUCCCAGAGAUGAAACAAUAGUGGAUCUUCAUUUGAGCUGGUAUUACUUAUUUGCUUGGGGACCAGCAAUUCAAGGAUCUAUAACUCGGCAUGACAUAGAUUCACCACCUACAUCAGAGCGUGUUGUCAGUAUUUACAAGUAUGAAGACAUUUUUAUGCCAUCAGCUGCCUAUCAAACCUUCUCUUCUCCAUUCUGCUUGCUUCUCAUUGUUGCACUGACCUUUUACUUAUUGAUGGGAACCCCAUAAUCGCAGCAGCAAAGUCAAAAGAACAUCUUGUGGAAUAAUUGAAAAUUCUUCAUUGUGAUGUGUUUUCUAGUAGAUAAUUGUUUCCUUUUAAAAAAAAUCAUUUUUAGCAACUAAACUUGUCAGAAGAAAGUUAUCUAGCUUAUCUUCUGAGUAGAUGAGGUUUAUGGUAAUAAUAAUACCUUACAUUUAUAUAGCAUUUCUUUCCCAUCAAAGAACUUUCAUAUACAUAAUCUCAUUUGUUCCUCAUUGCAACCCUGAGAGAUAUCUAUAGAGCAAGGAUUUUAUCACCAUUUUACAAAUGAGGAAACUGAGACCUAGAGAAAUUUAGCAAGUACCGAUAGCCACAGAGCUAGUUCAUGAAAGAUUUGAAAUCAAGAUCCCUGAACUACUCUUUAUUUUAUUGAUUCCACAAAAGUUGCUUAAGAAUCAUCAGAGAAUAUACAAUAAGUCACUGUUAAGUCACAAGACCAUUAGACCAAGGUUGAUCUUUUUUACAAAUAGACUUCCAAAGUCAGUAAAGAACAAAUACUUUCUGAAUUAUGAUAUUUAUAAUGAAGAAAAGGGAUAUUACAGCUUUGUGGGUUCAAAGCUACUUCUGAAAAUAGGCCACUCUCCUAAAAUGUGUCUUUGAAAAGGAAAAAAAAGUACAUAAAUACAAAUUGAAAAAUUUUUUUUACAAAAAUACCAUAUUGAAAAUUAUUCUGCAAAUUUUCCACAUUUCUUUAUAUUCAAAUACAAUUUUUUGUCAUUUUAAUUGUCCCUUUCUUAUUAAGAGACCACAAUAUUUGGGGUGAAAGUGUGACUAAUAUUAAAAUCAAAAUAGGAUAUUAUUUCAUUUACAGGUUCCCCUUCUCAGUGGCAAAAAGCAAAAUGUUUUGUGUUCAGCCCUUAAUGAGACAAUAAAAAAAUGAAAUUACAUUAUGGUUUAAAAAUAGUAAUUUUAUAAGCUUAGAGUUUGGAGGAUAAGAAACAAGGAUGUUCAUUUACAAACAUCUUUAAAUUGACAAAAAGUACUAAUCUUUUCUGAUUGUCUGAAUGAUCCCUAUUGCCAAAAUCAGAACUCAUUUUAAGGAUGCCUAGUAGGUUGAAGUAACUUAAAUAUGCAUUGUAGGAAGCAAACGCUCUUACUAGUGUUUCAAGAUCCAUUUAAGAGUAUCACAAUUAUAUCAUGAAAACACUGUUAUAUGAGAAAAGAUGUUUACUUUAGAUGAAUAGUCUUCUAUUUAAUCAGAAAGUAGAAAAUUGAUGGUGAAAGGAAUCUAUCAAAAAUUUGUUCCAUUAAUUGUUUUGAAAAUAUAUAUAUUUGUGUACUAGACAGCCAGUAUAAUAAUAACAAUAAUGCUUUGACUUUAUUUCAUAAGUGAUUUUGUAAGCAUGGAACUUCACUUCUAGGAAUUCCACUUAUUGAUAUGCAUCUAUGACUUUGAGAUAAACCCUUUGCAGAUCCCAAGCCACAUAGAGUUUAAAUUACAUUAAAUUAUAAAGUUCAUAGAGGUGGCAGGUAUCAGAAAAACAUUUGAAACUAUAUCUUGCUGAAUCCCAACCUGUUAUUUUAACAGCAUUGUCUUCAAAUUUGAAUACAGACAGAUAUAUUCAUAACCUUAUGUACUUCCUGUAAUUGGACAUCAUCUAAUACCUAUUUAAAGGAGAGAUCUUGGUAUUGGUCAUUUUCAUUGUAGUAGUCACUUCAUGUUUAUGAAGUGACUGUACUGAGCAAGUCAACUGAGCAUCAGUCUAGGAAUUUAUGACAUUGUUGAGAUCUUGCUACGAUAAUGUCUUUACAAUUUUUAUGAUAACUAAAUUCCUUUAAACUGAGUCCAAGAAGAACAUCUAUUAUUGUUCAAAUUCUAGGUUAUAGUUUAUAACAUGAGACUAUAUUUGCCCUCCUAUAAUUAUAAUAUAUUUGUCCUCCUAUACCCUUUACAAAAAAAAGCAAAAUGUUUUAGGAAGAUUUUUCUAUUUUCUUUUAUGGAUAGACUAAUACUUGUAAUGUUGAAUUGCAUAAAUGUUAUUGCUAACCUGUCUGCAGUAGGGAAGAACAAUUAGCAAAUUCCUGAACUUUCCUCCCACUUACAUUUCGAAGCAAUAAGCUAAUUGUUUCAUUGACAACUUCUGCUUUACUACAGGUCACUUGUGUAUAGAAUUAGGAUGUCACAAGUAUGUUUUCAUUUGAUACCUGUAAGCCCAUGUCAGCCAAAGUUUCAUAUUCCAACAUUUCUAAUCAACCUAUAAAGUCAUUAUUUAAACAAGCCAAUAGUUAGUUCUUUAUCUUAAAACCAACAAAAAGACCAUUUAUGAGUUUAUUAAAUGAGCUUUCCUACUUUGGACAUUAGCUGGCAUUUGAAUUGUUGAAUGACAUAAAUUCACAACAUAAAAAUGUGAAGUAAUGAUGGUUGAAUAACCUCCUAAAUUGGAAUUUAGUGAAAUAACUGUCUACAUUUCAAUUCCAUUAAAUAAUCAAUGCUUACUAAAUUAAAAGAACUAACUCCUAACAAAUGUAAAAAUGUACACAAUAAAUCUACACAUAUUUAAUAAAACCUUAAUAAAUUAAAGUCCCACUAACUAGAAUCCUCAAUUAGUAGGAUUUGGGGUUUGCUUUUUUCCCAUCUAGCAAUUCAGUUUAGAGAAACCAUUGAAAAUGAAAGAAACUGAACUUAUAUAAGUAACUUCAAACCAACUUCAAGAUUGUUUCCCAAGAUUAACUUUGAUUCAAGCCAUUUCCCUAUUACAUUUAAAACUAUUAAACCUAUUAAAACUAAGUACUAUUCCCUUGAGGUCUAUCAAAAUUUUUGAUCAUUAAAGAAAGACUAAGUCAUAAUCAGUAUAUUCUACUUACAUAAGGCAAGGAAGGAGAUUAAUGGAUCUUGGAGAGAUUUUCUACAAGUAUUGAAACAAAUGAGUUGACUAUAAAAUUCAAUUAAUCAGAACAUCUAUUCUCAAAACCUUCUGGUUAAAAGAGGGUUUUCUUUGUUUUUGUUCAGACUUAUGACUUUAUUGACAGAGGGAACUACCAGUGAGGAAAUUCCCCCUACUGAUCCAUAUGGGCAAUUGCUUUACAACUUUGAUCUCUUAAUGAGAGAAGUUAUUUGCCCAGGGACAUACAGCCAGUAUAUAUUAAUCACGUAUAAGACUCAAAUCAAGAUAUUCCUGACUUUGAGACUAUCUCAGAGUACUUAAAGCAUCUCUAGGAUAAAGACCAAACUUGAAUUAAUAGCUAUAAAUAGAAAAUGAAGAUUAUCCAUUUAUUCAUUAAUAUCCUAUUUUAUUUUGAAGGACAAUUAUUUGUUUGCUUAAGCAAAAUUCUAUGCUUUCAAGUCAAUUUGUCUAGCCACUAUGAAAGAGUGUAUUAUUUUACCUGCAAUGUUAUCCUUCUCUCCCUUUUGAGCAAAACAGUUAUACCCAAAAAAGGCCAAUCAUCCCUAAAAUUCUAUCAAACUAAAAAUCACUAUUUUCUCCAACAAGUGGGCCUUCUGACUUACAGCAAAAAUGAGUCCCUCCCUCUCUCUCUUUCUCUCUUUGUCUAGGGUACCAUUUGAACACUGAAAGAUUAUAAAAUUCACACUUAUUCUCUCUUUGAUUCCCCAUCCUACCUUCCAGCUUGUGCUGAAGGGAAACAGUUUAUCCUUUCUUGGAUGCUGUAAUCUUCCCUCUUAUUUUCUCUCUGUGCACAUAAUUACCAAUGCAAGUAGUUCACAUUUAUAGUCAUCAUGUUAUGAGCAAUCAGAAGACAAUUCAACUGAAAUCUUGCUUCCUGGAAUUUCAAUGGAUGAGAAACAAAAUUGAUUUUUCUCCCCUCGAUAAUGUUUUUCCCCUUUCCCUUAGGAGGGAAGAUAUAAAACCACAGGAAUUCUUUGGAGUGCUAAACAUAAGGCAACUAGUAGCAGGGAAUAGGAAAACAAAAGUAUUAGGGACCAGGUGUGUUCAUCUCACUAUUCCCUCUAUAAUCUUCUGAGUCUUUCUCUGUUAUACUUUCAUCCUUCGCUCAGCAUCAUCAUUCUGCCCUACAACUGAACAAUCCAGAAUAAAUUCCUAGAAAAGUGUUCUAGAGGAAAUAAUCCCAUUAUCUCUGUGUGGUAUGUCUCCUUUCUGACUACUCUAUUGUCUUUUCCUUCCCUGAAGCCCAGCAAAGAGCAAAAGAAAGACCACAAAAACUUCAGGAAUUCUGGGUAGGUUGCAUGACUUGGUGGGAAAAGAAAAAAAAAUCUGUGAGCAUGGCAAAUUUAGAUUGCAUUCUUCCCCAGGGCCAGACAUUUUGUAGCCUCUUUGAAAACCACUUGAAGUAUACUUGAUCUCUGCAAAUAUAUGUCAUAAGCAUCAGGAUAAAUAUCAACAUUUAAAAUAACAAGGAUAAUUAUCCCAGGAUUCUGGGUAAUCAUCAGAUGGUACUAUCACCUUAAGUACAACAGCUUCAUAUCCUUUAGGCAUAGGAGAGUGCAAAGCAGUUUCAAUGACUCAAUCUCUAAGUUGUAUUCAAGACAUAAUACAUGAACAUAUCCUUGUAGAAUAUGCAUAUUCAUAGUAUGUAAACAAAUAUGCAUAAUUAGGAAAAAAUCUAGAAAUAACAAUGUAGAUAGACCUGUAUAAAAAUAAAAAAUGCAUGAGCAUUAGUAUAUAUGCAAAUAAGCAGCAAAAUAAUGCCUAAUAGACUUGCUAUGCUACUUGUAUAAUAUUAACACAUAGAUAAACAAUAUAAUAAAAAAGAAACAUUAUUCAGAAUAUACAGUGAUUACAUGUUAUGUAUAAGUAAACAUAAGCAGUUAAAAACAAGUUACUCAUUGCCUAAGCAAACAUUAAUAUUCUUGUCUGGCUAAAUGUAUAACCAUUUCUCCAGUUUUACAAAUAACAUCAAAGGUUAGUUUGCUCACAGACCUAGCUAUAUUGUAUUCUCCUGUUCUUUCUGGUCCUAUACAUAAGCUGAUUGAUGAUAAUCAUCACCAUUGCCACAGAUCUGUAGGUCUGUAUUCCUAUUCCUGAACGUUUUGAGAGUCUAGUCUGGCUAUCAGCAUUUCUAGGCUCUAUGGAUUAUCUCUGGACUCUAGAAAUUUCUAUAAAGUUCCAGGGAGGAAAGGUAUUGUCUCUGGGUUGAAUCUUUUCCCCACGUUUUCAGUAUGGCAAAGUUGAUGAGUUACAAUAUAUGGUAUCUCCUCUGGAAGCAUCAUUUCAUUCUGAUCAAUUCAGACCAUUUUGUAUAAUUGAUAAGCAGUUUUUCUUACUAAGAUUCCACUGAGGUAAGCAUCUAUUCUCUUCAUCAAUGAAUCCUACUAAAUCUGCUACAAAUGAGUGGUAUUUGUAAUUAAUUGUUUCUAUCAGGCCCCAGCCACUCUCUAGAGCAAUUCUGUAAAUAGUUAAGUUGUCCAGUGUUAAAACAAUUUGGUAUGUAGACACUUGGGUGCCUCUUGAAUGUCAAGGUUUCUCAGCAAAACUUUUGAUAACAAAUUUGGUCAUCAUACUGUCAUUUGUUUCCAUCAGCUCUUCCAAACUAAAGUCAUUCCUAGUUUAUAGGCUUCCUUCUUCCUUUCAGCUGAUAACUGUGUUUAUUAUGAGUGUUUGAAUUUUCUCCUUCUUCUGAGACUCCAAAGCAUAAAUCAGUAUAUGGAUGUGACUCCUGCCCAAAUAUAAGCAAGUAUGGUUAAAAUAUAUAGCCUAAUUCUUUCUGUGGAAUUGUAUGCAUGUACUAUAAAUACUAUAUGUUGACUAUUCUAUUUUAUAUUCUAGUUUCAGUGCUCUAACAAGUUCAAUAGAGUACAAUUGAAAUAAUUUAUGUUCUUCAAAUAUGAGGCAAAAGUGGGUAGCUCUUUGUAUAUAAUAAACUCAUCUUACAUUUCUUAGUAUCAUCUGCUCUCAUCUUAAACAGUAAAAUCUGUUUCUUAAUCCAGAGUUCUUUCUUGAUCUAUGCAUCCAAAGCCAUUAUGGUGAUAGACAUAGAAUGAUAAGCACUGGAUGACACCAUUUGCUUUUUAGUACCAUGUACAGUAUUAGUAUUAGUCCUAUAUAAGAUUUCAUUACACAGGUCCAACUUCUCCUACUGUUUCAACAAUAACACAAUGUCUAGUGAAUAGAACUUAAAGUCCUUUAACCUCACUUCCAUGUUUCUUGACUUGUAUCCCUUCUUAUAACCCAUCAGCCAUCUGCUUUCCCUGGCUGUCUUCUAAAGACAAUCCAAGCAAAAAAAGUUCAAUAAAACAAAGUUUGCAUAAGCCACUGACACACAAUAUGGGAAAAAAUCCCGAAAUCUUAGUUAUACAUUAACUUGACAAUGGCUCAGAUAUCUGGGAAUCACAUAUAAUCCUACACUCUUUCCUUACAUGUGACUGUAGUUUUGAUGUAGUGUGACCCUUGGAAAAGAGCAUCUUUGUCCACAUUAGUCUUCCUUAGCUAUCAGUAAAUGCUGAAUUCUUAGUUGGCUAGUGCUGCUACUUAUCUAUAACAAGAAGCAUUUACUUGGUAUUUAUCAAAAUAUGUUGAUGUAUUAUUCUUAGUCCACAGUUGGAAUUUAGUUCCACACACAGUCUUUGAAUUUUUCAACAACAACCUAGCUCAAAGUCAAGAAUUCCAAUUUAUCUAUGGUAUGGUGAGUCUCAUUGUCAUUAAGUCUUCUACUGGUAAAUGUAGUUUGUUCCUCGUGACCAUCAUUUUCUUGGUAUAGGACUGCUUUCAAAUACUUCAGACUGGCAUCUGUGUGGGGGACAAAAGGUUUGCUUGGACCUUCAUGGGCAAUACUUACAUAUUCAUGAGGCAGUUGACCCAAGUCUUUGAUAGUUAUAUGUCCUUUUAUAGAUCUCCAAAUGGCUUCAUGGUUUUAAACCAAUUUGACCUCUUGCUCUUUUCCUUUUGGUUUUCUUUGAUCAUGUAUACAUGAGUGAAAAUUCAUUAGCUUAGCAAUAGCAAUAUAGUUCUUUACAAAUUUGCAAUAAUAUACACAAAGUCCUAGAAAUGUUGUCAGAACUCAAGAUUUCUGUGGUGUGUUCAAUUCAAGAGCACUUUUCUUCUCUGAAUCAGUACUCACACCUUAUGGAGAUAAUCUUGACAGAGGCUGUGCAAAACUAGCAUUAGUUAGUUAAUUGACAGCUUCCUUUUGCCAUUCCAGUACUUGCAUCCAUCUUUCUCCAUGUUCUUCUCAAAAUCAUCUAUAUAUACUAAGACUUUCAUGUAAUCCAUAUCUGUGACUGUUUUCUCCUUCAACUGUUAGAAAGUGGUAGGUGCCACUGAGAUGUAAAAUCCAGCUAUAAUUGUUGAAAGUAAAACAAAAUAAAAAUAUUAUAGUAAUGUUUUAAAAUAACCAAAAAUUUUCAAAUAUGUGGAAAAAUUAAUAUCUAAAAAAGGGAAAAAAGAAAAAAGUCUUCCAAAAAUACAUCAAGAAAUGCUAAACUAAACUUAUGUUAAACUAAAAUUAUGUUCAAACUGAAAAAAAAAUUACAGAGCGAGAGUCCAUCUGCUAAUUGCUUUUUCACUAAGUUGCUGCUGCCAUCUUUUGCAGCAAUCAUCUGCUGCUGCUUCUCUGCUUAGCUGGACUAAAAUU